AUGUCUUGGGAUGUGGGAUUGAGCCAAUUAAAGAGGCAUAGAGCAGGGAUGAAGGUUAGGAAGUGGGCACGAGUCAUUCUGUACCUGCAUCUCGGCAGCGGUAACAAUGACUGCAGACAUGGGUUUGUCGGUCUCAUCAAGGCGGUCACAAAGUCUAGCCGUUGGCGUCUUGUAGGAGAGAUUGUGUUGCGAUUUGAUCGGCCAUUCUUUGGCGAUACGAGCGCUUGUGCGGCCUAUUGUUCCUCAGAGUCGUCGAUUUGCUGCAAGAAGAGAUCAGCCGUACGAGAAGACCCAACCAACUUCAUUCGAGGUCGGGAAGCUGGUCGCCUUGCUGCAGUGAUUGAGGGCGAUGGAGCUGGAGGAACCAGCCCCCUUGUCAGGAGAGAUUGGACCCCUAACCUAACGGCUUCGAGGCUGGCGAGCCACUCUGCCUCCAUGGCCAAGGCACAUCCAUCAAAAGCGCUGCGCCCCCCGGACCUUCACUGCCGACAGCCCGCGCUAUACGCAGUCGACAAGAAACACAGGAUGAAGUACUCGUUUGUUGCCGCCACCCUUGUGGGCGCCGUUCUGGCUGUCCAACACCAUGGCCACGCUGGCUUUCACGCUCGUCGUGGAGGAUACGAGGUGAAGCAAGAGGAUGUCUGCACGGUCUACACCACCGUAUACGUGACUGCACCCGCACCUGUUCCUACUGCCGUUACGAACUCGACCACUGGCUAUCCAGAGGGUAACCCGCCCGUUUGCACCUCCUGCAAGCCUGAGACCCCAAUCCAGACGCCCGUUGUCCUGUCCUCGACCCACGGCGCACCAGUGCCCUCCAAAGAGGCGCACCCUCCUGUCCCCGUGGCGUCAAAGGAGUCGCACCCUCCUGCUUCAGUUCCGGCUUCUUCCACACCUUGCGAGGAAGAGGAGGUUCCUACUCCUACCCCUGCUGUGCCAGUCGCCUCCAAGGACGGUCAGCCUCCUGCACCAGUCCCCGCCUCAUCUACCCCUUGUGACGAUGAAGAUACUCCUGCUCCCACUCCUGUUAUAUCCGUUGCCUCGAAGGACGGUCACCCUCCUGCUUCAGUUCCCGCCACAUCUACGCCCUGUGAUGAAGAGGAGGAAACUCCUGCUCCUACCCCGGUCGUGCCAGUUCCUGCUUCAUCCACGCCUUGCGACGAGGAGGAAGAGACUCCUGCUCCUACUCCAGUUGUGCCUGUAGCCUCUACGGAGGCUACCCCCUCUGCUCCUGCGCCAACGUCGUCUGCCCCUUGCACGGAUGAGGAGGAGACUCCAGCCUACACUCCUGCGCCUGUCCCCUCCCAAGCAGCAUACCCUCCUGGCCCGAAGCCUGAGACACCGAAACCAGAGGUCCCCAAGCCAGAGACCCCGGCGCCAGUCCCUUCCCAGGGAUCAUACCCUCCUGGCCCGAAGCCUGAGGCACCGAAACCAGAGGUCCCCAAGCCAGAGACCCCGGCGCCACCUUCCCAGGGAUCAUACCCUCCUGGCCCGAAGCCUGAGACACCGAAACCAGAGGUCCCCAAGCCAGAGACCCCGGCGCCAGUCCCUUCCCAGGGAUCAUACCCUCCUGGCCCGAAGCCUGAGACACCGAAACCAGAGGUCCCCAAGCCAGAGACCCCGGCGCCAGUCCCUUCCCAGGGAUCAUACCCUCCUGGCCCGAAGCCUGAGGCACCCAAGCCCGAGACUCCUACUCCAAAGCCCGAGACUCCUAAGCCAGAGACCCCCAGCCCUGCCCCUAGUACCUCCAAGGCGGCCGACAAGCCUAAGCCAACUGGUGGCUACAGCUCUGGUGGCCGCAUCGAGACCAACGGCGACAAAUGGGCCAUUACCUACACUCCCUACGCCGCCAACGGAAACUGCAAGACGCAAGACGAGAUCAAGGAAGACAUCAAGAAGAUCUCCGAGCUCGGUUUCACCACCAUCCGCUCCUACAGCACCGACUGUGGCGUUUUUGAGUUUGUUGUGCCUGAGUGCCAGAAGUACAAGCUGAAGAUCAUCUACGGUAUCUUCCUCGAGGGUGCUGGCAAGGGUCCUUUCUCCGAAUACGCCAACGCCCAGCUCGAAGACAUCAAGGAGAAGGCUCCCAAGGAUAGUGUCGCCAUGGUCAUUGUCGGCAACGAGUGCAUGUUCAACAACAACUGCCCAGCUAACGAGCUCGCCUCGUACAUUGAUUACGUUCGUACUGAGCUCCAGAAGGCUGGUUUUCCCCAGGACAUUGCCAUCACCACCACCGAGACUGUCGGUGUCUGGGAGGAGAAGGGCGCCGCUCUCUGCGGCCACAUUGAUGUCUUCACCGUCCAGGUUCACCCUUUCUUCACCUCCACCGUUUCCGCCGAGGAUGCCGGUGACUUUGCGGCCCAGCAGCUCGAGCAGGCGGCCAAGGUGUGCCCUGAGGCUGCUGCCAAGGGCAUGUACAUUACCGAGAUCGGGUGGCCGAGCGCCGGCCAGACCAACGGCAACGCUGUGGCUAGCAAGGAGAUGCAAAAGGUGGCCAUGAAGAAGAUUAUGGAGAAGGUUGGUAGCAAGGCCUGCGUCUUCUCCUUCCAAGAUGACUUCUGGAAGCCCCCUGGUUCGCUCGGUGUCGAGCAGAACUUUGGUAUCCUCGAUGCUCUGACUUCGUACUAG